UCAGUCAGGCAGAGAGAGAGCUGUGGAAAAAAAAUAGCUUCGAGGGUAGAAGUAAACAUGGAGCUCUCGGCCGUCGGGGAGAGGGUCUUCGCCGCCGAAUCCAUCAUUAAACGGCGCAUUAGGAGAGGACGGAUGGAGUAUCUGGUCAAAUGGAAAGGCUGGUCUCAAAAAUACAGCACUUGGGAACCAGAGGAAAAUAUUCUAGAUGAACGCCUUUUCGCCGCUUUUGAAGAGAGGGAGCGUGAGAGAGAAUUGUUCGGGCCAAAAAAGAGGGGACCCAAACCAGAAACGUUCUUGUUAAAGGCAAAAGCUAAAGCAAAAGGCACAAACUGUGAGUUUAGACGGGAGAUGUCUCCAGGUAUUCAGGUGUCGUUCCCGGUCGCAGAGCAGGUUGUGACGCCAAGAGCUCGCGAGGGACUACGGACAGUCGUGCCAACCAUUUUUCCACCGAGCACCGUCAAUAGAGGCGAGAGUGUUCGCGUCCGACCACCAGACCACGAGAGAAUCCCGCUGACGCCACCGCAACGCCCUUUGGAUCUUGCCAGUUCGCCGAAAAAGCGAGGACCAAAACCAAAAUUGCGUCCCGUCGUAGGUCUAAGUGGUGGUUCGUCUACCCAAGGCGUUAAAAGAAAAGCAGAUGAACCGUCGUCUUACAGGCCUUGUAAAACGGGGAGAUCGGGAGAGGCAUCUAGCUGUGACAUUAUGCAUUUUUCGCAGUUCCAAGCGAAAUCGAGCAAUGUUAAAAAGCAAAUGGGAAGAAGGUCGAGUGAUGACAUUAUUACACAUGGUGGCACCAUCAUAAAAACAGGGGUUGGUAUUUUGGGACAUCGAUCGAAGGACAGCUCCAGUGGUGCCAUAUGUAAUCGACCCAAGAUAAAACGACCUAAAAGUAAUCUAUUUCGACACACCGAUAAAGCCAGAGAGCAGCUGUCUCUGAGUUUUGUAGAGGAAACAGACGAGUCCUGGUUGCCCUGUGUGAAGAACAUGGAGAAAAUUGUUGUUACGGAUGUAACAAGUAACUCUUUGACUGUGACCAUUAAAGAGAGUUCAACGGACAAAGGUUUCUUUAAAGAAAAAAACAUGAUAUAAUUUUAGUUUCUAGUUGUUUUUGGUUUUUUUGUUUUUUUUAAAGUGAAAUAUUGUACUCCAAAUAGAAACAGCCUACAUUUCUAAAUAAUUAUAUGUAACCAUACAGUAAAGUCUUGCAAUCAUGUACAUAAUGCAAAUAUAUAUACAGGUAUAUAUAUAUAUAUAUAUAUAUAUAUAUAUAUAUAUAUAUAUAUAUACACACACACUACCGGUCAAAAGUUUUGAAACACUUGACUGAAAUGUUUCUCAUAAUCUUAUAAAUCUUUUGAUCUGAUGGCGUAUGCUUAAAUGUUUGAAAUUAGUUUUGUAGACAAAAAUAUAAUUGUGCCACCAUAUUAAUUUAUUUCAUUAUAAAACUUAACAUUUAAUAAUAAUAAAAAAAGUUUUUGAAAUGGAUGACUUGGACCAAAUAAUAAAGAAAAGCAGCCAAUAAGUGCCCAACAUAGAUGGGAACUCCUUCAGUACUGUUUAAAAAGCAUCCCAGGGUGAUACCUCAAGAAGUUGGUUGAGAAAAUGUCAAGAGUUCAUGUCUGCAAAUUCUAGACAAAGGGUGACUACUUUGAAGAUGCUAAAAUAUAACACAGUUUUGAUUUAUUUUGGAUUUUUAGUCACGACAUAAUUCCCAUAGUUCCAUUUAUGUUAUUCCAUAGUUUUGAUGACUUCAACAUUAUUCUAAACUGUGAAGAAAAAAAAAAAUUAUAAUAAAGAAUGAAUAAUUGUUUCAAAACUUUUGACCGGUAGUGUGUGUAUGUGUAUAUAUAUAUAUAUAUAUAUAUAUAUAUAUAUAUAUAUAUAUAGUCUAUGUUUAGCCUACAGUUCUAUUCACAUUUUCUAUGAAAAUGAAGUUUAUUUUUCUAUUUCCCAGAUUUUAUGUAAUGUACACCAGUUGAUUCAUUCUUUUCCUUGUUGCCAGCUUUAUUAUGAAUGUUGGCAUAGAUGUUGUUAACACAUAUUAACAUUUCUACUUAAUGCACCUUUUUAGAGGACAUAUAGUCCCUCUUUUAUGAAAAUAUUCGUUGUUGUUUUUUUUUUUUUUGUCUGGUGAGAUUUUGUAUAUUUUUGGUCUAUACAAAAAUAGUCUGUAUUAAAGCACAUCCUUUAAAAAAG